AUGGCAUGGAAUGAGAGGUUCACCACUUUUCUUCCUUCUCUUGGUUUUGCAUCCACUUAUGCUGAUUCUUCUCUGUUUGUUAAGCAUAUUGGUACUGAGAUUGUGAUUUUAUUACUCUAUGUUGAUGACAUAAUUGUCACUAGUAGUGCUUCUUCUAUCAUUCAACAAGUAAUUGACUCUCUUACAGUUGAAUUUGAUAUUAAAGAUCUGGGAAAUAUGCAUUACUUCCUUGGCAUCCAAAUUGAUCGAACUGGUACAGGUUUUUUCUUGUCUCAGACCAAGUAUAUACAAGAGUUAUUACAGAAAGCAGAAAUGGUUGAUUGCAAGCCUUGUGAUACACCGUGCUUGCCUUACAAUCGAUUACUCAAGGAUGAUGGUGGCAAUCCCAUUUCGUGGUCUUCCAAGAAGCAGAAUACGGUGUCACGAUCUUCUACAGAAGCUGAAUAUUGGGAUAUGUCUUUGACUUCAGCUCAACUUGAUUAG